AUCACUUAUUCAUUGCCCAAAAUCUUCCAAAAUGCCUAGAAAACGACACGAAGGUGAAAUUAUAUCUGUGUCUACGAGAUGCUCUUUAACGAAGUUAAUUUGAGUGAUUUGUUUGUGUUUUUUCUCUGUUUGUGCAGAAAGAUCCUCUUCUUCUUCUUCCUCCUCCUCCUCUAGCUCGUCUCCUCGAACUAGUAACUUCCUUAUAUAAUCCAUUUUGUUUUUGGAUGUAUCUCUCUUACGUUGCAAGAGAAUAACUGGUUUAGGGUUUAGUAAAUCCCUUAAUCCCUUUUUUUUUGCAUGUGUAUUAUGAAAUGUUUUGUUCCUUAUUUGUGUAGAAAGCUCUCCAUCUCGCCCUCGUGCAUCAUCUUCAAGCAGGCGCUCUACUAGUAGUAGUAGUGGCAGAUCUUCUCCUCGCCCUCGAUCAACAGCUUCACACAGCCCAUCUAUUCAUACUGAAAGAUCUUCUCCACGUCCUUCAAGCUACAGUUCACCUCCUAAGACUGGCUACACUCCAUCUCCUCAGACUGGUAAUAUUUCGUAGUAUGUAGCCAUAUCUCUCGAAAAUCAUUUGAGAUUAGUUGCGAGAGAUUAUCUAUUCGGUCUACUAGGGAGGGUUCUCUUCGGAAAAUACUGCAACACUGAGAGCUUUUUGGACUGCUCGGAAAAAUCAGCCAUCUCACACGGAUGGCGUGGAGUUUUAAUUGGACGAGAUAUCAUUGUUAACUCAGCAGGAUGGGAAGUCGGGAAUGGAACCAGCAUCAAUAUAUGGGAGAAGCCAUGGCUCAGUUGCUCUACACAACUGAGGCCAAUGGGACCAGCACCGGAAACACUCAUCAACCUCACCGUAUCUGAUCUUCUGCUCCCUGACAGAAACGAAUGGGAUAUCGCCAAGAUCCACCAGAUUCUCCCGUUUGAGGAACAGCGAAUCCUUGCCAUUAAGCCAAGUUUGACCGGAGCUCCGGACAAGCUCUCCUGGCUGAGCACUGACACUGGCGAAUAUUCAACAAAAACAGGCUAUGCUGCAGUUCUUUCAUCACGAAGCACAGAAGCGGGAGAGGCUAGAGCGACUGCUGAGAGAUCUACCUUCGACUGGAGGAAAAAUGUAUGGAAACUCCAAACCACCCCGAAGAUCAAGCUAUUCAUAUGGAAAACACUACAUGGAGCAAUUCCGACAGGUGAAGCUCUGCGAUCCCGAGGAAUCAACGUCGAUGGAUUGUGCAAAAGAUGCAAGCUACCUGAAUCUAUUGAUCAUCUGCUCUUUCAAUGCUCCUAUGCUAGACAGGUCUGGACCUCUGCCCCUGUUUACCCGAGCAUUGAGUACAGUGGAUCUAUAGAAUUGCGAAGCUCCUGGCCCGACCUCUGUUCAAAGAAAACCUUGCCACCCACGGGAGUAUCGAUAGGGGCCCUGGCUCCAUGGAUCGUCUGGCAACUUUGGUUAGCCCGAAACAAACUGGUGUUUGAAGAUAAGAUUAUAACAAUCGAGGAAGUACUCUCAAAGGCAGUUGCCAGUGCCCGAGAAUGGAUUACCAGCCAGGACCAUCUGACUCAACCUACACGACUCAUAGCUCCCCCGACAAUGCUCCAAGCAGAUUAUGUUUUGCUCAGAACAGAUGCUGCCUGGAAUGAAUCUCUAAAUCUUGCAGGGCUGGGAUGGAUGACAAAGCGACAAGGCAGGGAGUCCUCUUUCUCCUCUAUUGCGCAACAUGUUGCUACACCACUUGCAGCUGAAGGCCUGGCGCUCCGGGAAGCGUUGCUGAAGUGCAGGGACAUGGGACUAUCGAAGAUCAGAUGUGAGUCGGAUUCGGCCAUCCUGAUUAAAGCUAUCAAUGCAAAUUCUCCUCUUGUUGGUUUAUAUGGCAUCUUAGCUGAUAUUAACUCUAUUGCAUCCUCUUUUGAUUCCAUCUCCUUUAACUGGAUCUCACGUGAGAGAAACGGUAAAGCAGAUGGAUUGGCAAAAAAUGUAUUAUCUUCUGAACUCGCCGUUAUGGCUGCGCCUAACACUGUUUAGUGCGGAUCUAAUAUAAGUUGUGUUUCAAAAAAAACUUUAUAGGUUUCUUUUAGUUCUUGUUAUGUU